AUGCGCAACAAGGGAAACGCAGCGAUUCGUCCAACCUUGGUCAUCCUCAAAGGCUUACAAGCCGCAGGAGAUAUAGCUCCGCUGCCUUAUAUCAAGGGAAUCGCAGCAUUGGCUAUAACUGUCCUCGAAACUAUCGAUGUGUAUGCUUCCACCAAUCACAGGGAUAUUCGGGAACUAGUGGAGCGCAUCGGGGAUACUGUAAUAGCCGUAAAGGAUGCCGCAGUCACAUAUUCCCGAGUUGGUACCGGAAACGGGUUAGCUAUUGAAGAAGUGUGUACAGAUUUCAUGCGGUGCCUGGAAGACAUUACCCAUGAAUUGAGAAAGAUGGAAAGGAAUAACGCUAGUAAGAUCAGGAUUAUGCAAUAUCUCAUGACCUCCAACGUUCGCGACGAGAUCAACGGAUUUGCACGGCAGGUCGACAACCUACAGAGAAACUUUAACACGAAGAAUAUUGUGAGGAUUUGUGCGAACAAUGAGGUGUCUGAAACCUAUCUCAGGACACUUGAACACGGUAUGAGAGAGCUUCGCGCGGAGCAUUCGGACAUGCAUCGUACCUUGACACUCUUAUUGGUCUCGCAUAAUGAACUUCUGACCCAAGUCUUCAAUCAGUAUAGGGUAUUGAAUGCUAUGGGUCAUGACGUGAAGAGAGAUAGAGGCGAGAGAACCGCCAUAGUCCAGAGUACCUUCGACUCUCGGUACAUGACAUAUUAUAUCCUCCUAUCGACCCUCACUACGACUUUCUUCUGGACUGUGUCGUGUUUUACCAACUUCCUCCCGACGCCGUUAAUCUUGUACAGUCAAAGAGCGAGCAUACGGCGCUAUCUUUCGCCUUGGAUACCUGUUCCGAGUUCGGGGAAUUUAGUUCAAAGAUCCAAGGAUCGGCAUGCUCCCCGCAGAAAGGCGCUUUGCUCCGGAUCCUCAUCAACACCCAACGAGGAAGAACUAAUCGAAGCCAUAAAUUGGCUUGCAAGCGAUGCUCAGCGGGGAGAUACACUGGUCUUUUUCUACGCAGGAAAUGGCGAACAAGUUAGCACUGAGGAUGACAACAGGGUUGAUAAAUACGAUGAAGCCAUUUUGCCGGUCGAUUACUACCAGCAUGGACAUAUACUUCAUCAAGAAAUAUACCAGAUCAUGGUAAAGCCUCUUCCAGCGGGUUGCCGGCUUACGGUUCUACUUUCGUGCUGCCAUUCCGAAGCGGCAUUGAAUCUUCCCUACGUUUAUGACUGUGACACCCACCUUAUGAGUCCACGCCCGCUGAUAUCGCUCAAGUCCACCGCCGCCGACGUUGUGAUUUGGUCCGGUGGAAAGGGUAUGGCUGUUCAUGAGACGGUCAUCGGAGGCAUGACUGUUAGCGCCUUCAACUAUGCAUUUCUAUCGUCCCUCAAGAUGAACCCGAAACAGUCUUGCCGACAGCUCCUUCAUUCAUUGAGGAAUAUUCUAACGGCCCGAGACAGACGCGAAAAGCCUCAGUUAGCUACUAGUUCUCAAAGUAUUGACCCUGAUUUGCCGGCUACCUUGUAAGGAUACUGACGACCGUCGUCAAGAACUUAUUCCGUGUGCAAACAAAGACAACCUCUCGUCCUUUGCAUCGGAAUUCCGCUUCCUUAGCAUCCAGAUUUUCUAUCCUUUUCUUCCAAGCGGUGCUUGUUUACAAUUCAUUUUCUUUUUUGACUUACCUCGGAUUACUUCUGUAGCGACUUCAUACAGCAAUGUUAUCUUCAAAAACAUUGGUACCAACUGACAUGGUUUAGAUACGACGGCUGGUUGUCGUGCUUCCGUUGAGUCAACCGUCAAACUUAGAUACCUGCUUCAUGUAGUCGACAAUCGAGAUAUCUCAUAACACUAAUAGGCUAUACAUUGUCAGAGAAACCCACUUUUAGGUUGAUAAUAGUUUUGUAGUAUAGCACAAGAAGUUAAGAGGCAUCUGGACGAACAACUCCCGGG